UUCUUUUCUUCCCCCUUUCAGUGUCUCUCGUAUAUAGAUGUAAAACAAUCCAAAGUAUAAUUAACUUUCAAAACAUGAAACUUCGAUUAUUAUCUAUGAGACAUUAAUGACAAUUGCAGGCAUGACGAGAACAAGAGUACGAGCUGUGACCCAUCAAGAUCUUGUUCCAAAUCCUAAAACCACCGAUCUCAGCAGCAAAACCGGUAUUUUCGUCGUGGUUUUGACCAUACUCUUUGGCCUCUCCUGCUUUGUUCUCUGUCUCUAUGCCGAAGCCACGAGAUCUCAGGCGACAUGGGGAAGCAAAACGUGCGUGUACAAUGGUAGCGGCAAAACGCCGUUGUUGUGCGGUGCCAUCGCGUUCGUGGGACUAGCGGUGGCGAUGGUGGGCUUGCACAUGUACUUACUUAUAGCAGUCACCACAUCGUCGCCUCUUGUUCUUGAUACGUGGGAUCCUUACUCUGUUCCUGCGAAGAAACUCACUUUUCAAGCAGCUUUCUUCUUCGUCUCAACGUGGCUUUGCUUUGGUGUUGGAGAGGUUCUACUGUUGGUGGCACUUAGUGUGGAAUCAGGACAUCUAAAGAACUGGUCCAAGCCAAAACCUAGUUGUCUAGUGAUUCGACAAGGCCUGUUCUCAGCCGCAGGUGUGUUCUCACUCCUAACCGUCUUUCUAGCGGCGGGACUUUACCUAACGGCUCUUCAAGCACAUAGAAUCUCUAAAGAUAUUGAAAAUACACAUAGAGAAAUUCUCGAAGCAUCCGUUCUUUAUGCAUCUCCUCCAAGAUCGCCCACGAAUCGGAUGGCUACGGUGGCUCGAGAAGGUCCUGCUACCGUUAGAGAUGAGUCAACGUCUUUGGGAUACCUUGUUUCUUUAAAGCAACUUCCAUAUAUAGUAUAGACCGUAUAGUACUGUAUAAUGUAUAUAAUAAUUCAUCACACUGUUAAUGGCUAAAUUCUAUUUAACAUUCUAACCAUUAUACCAAAAUUCCUCUUGUACGUGCAAAUAAAACAAAAUUUUAAUUAGUAAUAUUACUGACUA